AUGGCGGCAUUCAUAGGAGCGAAUCUGAACCCUUGCAAUUAUAUUGGAGGAAAUGCUGGACUAGGCAAAGAAACAAUUCUUCAGUUGGCCAAACAUCGGCCACAAAGAAUAUAUCUUGCUGCACGGUCCGAGAUGAAGGCGCAGACGGCUAUCAGCUCUCUAAAAGGGUCGCUAUCAAAUAAUGUUGAAAUCACCUGGCUUCCGCUGGAUUUAAUGUCCAUUAAAUCGAUUCAAACGGCGGCGCAAACAUUCAAUGCAGAAUCAUCACGGCUCGACAUAUUGAUCCUCAAUGCGGGCGUGAUGUCUCUUCCGCCAGGAGAGACAGAGAUGGGCCAUGAGAUCCAGCUUGGUACCAACCAUACUGGUCAUUUUCUUCUCACAAAGCUGUUGUUGCCGACCUUGCUCAGGACAGCUGAAGAGCCCAAUUCGGAUGUGCGGGUUGUGUCCCUCUCAUCGAUCGGACAUAAUCUGGCCCCGUCCUUCGAGACCAUCCUGGAUCAGGACCGGCUGAAGAAGGUGAACACGAACACUCGAUAUGGAGCGUCAAAGGCAGCAAAUAUUCUAUUCGCAGCUGAGCUUGCGCGGCGGUAUCCUUCCAUCACCUCCGUUUCCGUCCAUCCCGGGAUUAUUCUCACAGAUCUAUACAGCUCGUUGAACGAGCGCUCUACCCUUGCUGCGUUGGGCUCAAAGACACUGAAUCUUUUUGGAACACCCGUUCCUCAGGGGGCCUAUAAUGAACUAUGGGCUGCUGCUGGUGCGAAAAAGCAAGACCUCGUCAAUGGAAGCUAUUAUAUUCCCGUGGGACAUUUGAAGCCGUAUAAUCAAUAUGUCAGAAGCGAGGACAUGGGAAGGCGCCUGUGGGACUGGACCGAGUCCGAGCUACGCAAGUUCAAUGCUUUGCCUUGA